ACUGUUUUGUUUAAGCGUUGGUCGGAAUACCGAAAAGUAAAAGAGAAUCGAAUCGAAUCGGAUCGAUUGAUCAUAGAGGAGAAGAGAUAGAGAGAAAGAAGAAGAAAGUAUCUCUCUUUUUUGUUUCCUCCGAAGUCAGUGAGAGAGAGAAGAAGAAGAAACGUUUGAGUUCUGAUGAGUUCUGGAGGAGGAAUCGUGGCUGGACCAACAGGAGCAGCAUCAGCUCCUUCAAGCGGAGGUGGAAACGUGGAGUGGCACGUCAGACCACCGAACCCUAAAAAUCCAGUCGUCUUCUUCGACGUCUCUAUUGGUGGUAUCCCCGCCGGUCGUAUCAAGAUGGAGCUUUUCGCCGACAUUGCCCCCAAAACAGCUGAAAACUUCAGGCAGUUCUGUACUGGUGAACUCAGAAAGGCUGGGAAGCCUCUUGGUUACAAAGAGUGUCAGUUUCACAGAGUCAUCAAAGAUUUUAUGAUUCAAAGUGGUGACUUUCUCAAGAAUGAUGGGAGUGGAUGCAUGUCAAUCUAUGGCCACAAGUUCGAUGAUGAAAACUUUACUGCCAAACAUACUGGACCAGGAUUGCUCUCCAUGGCAAAUAGUGGACCAGACACAAAUGGGUGCCAGUUCUUCAUCAGCUGUUCAAAAUGCGACUGGCUUGACAACAAGCAUGUUGUCUUUGGGAGAGUGCUUGGAGAUGGUUUACUGGUGGUGCGGAAGAUUGAGAACGUUGCUGUUGGACCAAACAACCGUCCUAAGCUUUCUGUUGUGAUUACAGAGUGUGGGGAGAUGUGAAAUGCUUUAGCCAUGAGAAAAAAGAACUUAGAGCACUGUCUUCUGAAGGAGGGAAUGUAGUGAGAGGCCAAAGCUAUAGUUAUACGUUUGUCAUUUAGUUUUUUUCACUUUAGUUGUCAUCAUUUCCCAAAGCAAAACCACUUGUGAACGUUGGUUUGGAGAUCAAUAACUUAUGAGUGAAAAUGAGCCAUUUUAUA